AUGGAGGUUGUUGAGACGUGUGAAAAAAGAACUCUUUCUUCUGUGGAGCCUUCCACCGAACGUAGUUUUCCAUCAAUUGAUGAGGAAGUUGUGGGUUUUGUGGAAGAUGCAGAAAAUAUAAUGCAGAAAUUGACUGGAGGAACAAAGGAUAUGGAUGUCCUCUCAAUCUAUGGAAUGCCAGGACUCGGGAAAACAACUUUGGCCGGGAAAGUGUAUAACAAUCCUUCCAUUGUUAAUCGCUUUGAUGUUAGAGUAUGGUGUUCUGUUUCGCAAACAUAUGAUAGGAGGACAUUGUUGGUUGAGAUUUUCAAACAAACAACACAUGAUAAGAGCGAAAUUAAAGAGGACGUUGACGUCAUAGCUGACAUGUUGCAGAAGGCUCUAAUAGGCAGAAGAUACCUCAUUGUAUUAGAUGAUAUAUGGGAAGUUGAGGCAUGGGAAGAUGUAGGAUUAUGUUUCCCUAAUAAUGAAAAAGGAAGUAGAGUAAUAGUAACAACUCGAAUUGAAGAAGUGGCUAAGAAUCUUCAGCACCGCAGUGAUCCUUAUUCUCUUAGAUUUCUAACAGUGGAAGAGAGUUGGGAAUUAUUGAAGAAGAAAGGUUACAAGUUGCCGAACAUUGUAAGGGAUUGCCUCUUGUCGUUGUCCUGA